UUUUACCUCGAAAGUUUGGGUCUUCUUCCCGCAUUGGCCGCAGGUUUGGUUGCUUAGCAUCAGGGGGAAACAUCGCAGGUUGUUGUUUUGUUUGAACACUAUCGAGAGGAAGAGGAGGAGGAGGAGGAGGCGGAGUUUUGGGUUGAGAGCGGUAGAAUAGGUAAUCCGACUUCCGGCUGGAUAAGUGAUCCUUUUUUUUGAAUCGCCAGACGCGGAGAGCGGAGAGCAACAGGUGAAAUGGCAAUUGGACAGGGCGACGAGAAGAAGGGCUCCCUUGCCAGGAGCUUGAGCUGCUCAAACUGCGGGAGCGGCGCAAUAAUUUUUGGGCGGAAGAGAGUCGCCGUCUCGCCGACUCCGGGCUCCCGGAGCCCGCACUCGCCGACGCGCACCCUGCGCAAGCAGCGCAGCGUCCGGUUCCACAUGGAGGACGACGGCGUCAACCUCUUCAACCAGCUGUCGCUAGAUGUACUGGUUAUGAUCUUUUGCAAGGUGAACCACAGUGAUCUGAGGAACCUCCUCCUGACAUCGAAAUCGGUCAAAGAAGCGACCAUCCUUGCUAGGGAGCAGCAUUUCAAGUUCUCGACGCCGCCGGCGAAGUCCGGUUUUAGAGACGAGGAAACCGGCGGCGGCGACGACGACGACGAGGGCCCCGGCGCGCCCAAGCAACACAGGGUUGCGAGGUCGCGCCUGGGGGACACGAACCUGUCGAGCAUCGCCGUCAACCUGUCGGCGUCGUUCGAGCAGAUGUAAAGUAUAUAUAUAUAUGGCGCCACAGGUUUUCAGUUCGCGCUUCUGUUGGCGCGCGUGUAAUCAGUAGCUUCAGGUUAGAAGGUUUUAAGUGCCUCUUGUAGCGCACGCCAUAGAGAUUAGGUAGUGAGAAACAGUAUACUCGUAUGCGUCAUUACUAGUCCUAAGUUAAGUAUAAUGUAUAAAGAUUUUCAAUGCUUUGGUUGAAGAACACACGCCAUAUGUCGUCUUCUCCGAUCUGUAAGUUAUUUGGCAUCGAAGAGAUGUCUCCUCUCUUAUGUGUAUGCUCUUAAGUCUAUGAUCUUUUGUAUACUACUGAUGCUGGAUGCUUCUUCUGCUUUAAAGUC